UGUAAUUUGAAAAAGAUGGGAAAAUUCUCUGUUUCAGUAGAAUUCACAUACUGACAUUCUCUGUUUCAGCAGAACACACAUACCGACUUAACCAGCGGGGCAGCAGGCCGCAUUCAACCUCACGUCCGGUCCACCACUGCUUUUUAGCCCCAAUUUGACUUCCUGGUUCGCAUCUUUAUCCCAGGGACAUCUGCACCCGAAACUUUGCCUGCACUUUGAGUUUUUUUAUAUGCGUGAAAUGACUUUGAUUAGCUGAUCGUAUGCCGGGGUUCGGCGUAUUAUUACAAUUGGAAGUUUUAGUUAGCUAGAGGUAGAUCGGAGUUUGAAAUGGAGUCCUUAAUUCAGCUGUGCGAUUUGAUCGCUGACAACCCUACUCAAUUCCGAGAUAAACUGAUGUGGAUGUGUGGCCGAUGUCCAUCGGCGGAGGUAAUGCUUGCGGGGUCUCCUCGGGUUUCGAGGUCACAGCUGAAUGCGGUCCUCGCGGUGGCUCGAUUCCUCUCAAGGUGCUCCAACAUCGUUGACCAAUUGCCUAGAUCACUCAUUAUUGCUUUUUAUCGCUCUAUAUGUUCUUCUUUCGACCCAUCGUUUUGGCCUCAGUCGUUUGGGAUCGACUCGAUCGCAUUAUUCUUUCACGAUUUUCUGGGAUAUGUCUCAAAAGCAUCAGAUUUAUGCCCGGAAUUUGCCACAUAUGUCUCAGGGUUCACUGCUGAAAUUGUGAUAUCUGCAAUAGGCAAUGUAACCGGAGAUAUCAGGAUAUGCAAGGUGUUCUUGAAUGCCAUAUCUCUAAAUUUCCCUCCACUUGAUCCUCCUGAUGCGGAUAGGCUAAUUUUCUCCCUUCUUGAUCGGUUUGAGGUUUCCAUUCCCUGCUCUUCUCAAGAACUCAUUUCGAACACCUCAGCAGCAACCUCUGCUCAGAGCUCACCACUGAGUUUGGGCCAUGAUAUGUUGAGUCCUGGAAAUGAUAUCAGCAAUGUCUCUGGGUCAUCCACUAGUUUAGUUUCCAGACUUGCCGAUGACCCCAUCAGCUCACAGUCACCUAAGGGUAUCAUGUUAAAUGGAAGCAAUGGUCCUUGUAGGACCAAUGUGGUUUUACUGGCAGCAAAUAUGGUCUGUAAUGGUAGUGGGGGAGGCAGUGUUUCGUACAAGCGAACUAUUGCUGCUUUUGAGGAGGAGCCCUUAGAUAGCCUUGAGAAGAGGGAAAUAGCUUUCAAAUUGAUAGGACACAUAUUGGACAAAGUAUCAGUUGAUGCCAAGCUCUUGGAGCAUGUUAGAAGCAUUGCUAGGGAGCAACUACAGUCAAUGGUGGCGUUUCUCAAGGCAGAACAAGGUCAAUCUCUAAAAGUUAGGAUCAACAGAAAGCUUUCAGCAUACCAAGCAGCUUCUAAGUUACAGAUUAAAACCCUUGUGACUAUAGAUUCUGAUGGGAAGUCAUCAAAGUGGUUGUUGCAUGAUGCUCUUAAACUAUUGAUUGAGGCUGCUGCGGCGUGUUUGUUCUCACUGUGGCGAAAGUUAAAAGCUUGCGAAGAUUUGUUCGGCGCAUUGCUUGCUGGAAUUUCUCAAGCUGCUACUGCUCAUGGUGGUCAGCUACUACCUGUUUCACUAUUCUGGUUCAAACAUCUUGUCCUGGCUGCAUGUGAUCAGGCUGACACUUGGGCCAGCAGUCAUGGGGCCAUGUUCGAAAGCCUCUUGAAAACUAGCUCUGAGAUAAUUGAGUUUGGAUGGAAAGCAGACCAAUCUCUAGUGAACACUUUUAUUAUGGGAUUGGCUACAAGUAUUCGGGAAAGAGAUGAUUACAGGGUAGAGGUUAGUUAACGUGUAUAGUCAUUUAGAAAUGAAAUACAUAUUAAUUUGUGGUUGAGAGAGUGUAUGGUGCAUCGAGUAACAAUUGUCAUUUGUCACUUGAUUUUGCUUAAGUGUUACAUGUUCCUCUUGUUUACUACUUGUUUGUGAGGUCAAUAGGUCAUUGAAAUUCAUACACUUUGCACAGUUCAAUGUUGAAGGUCCGAAGGAUUUCAGAAAGUAGUGUAAUGUCCUAAAUAUUCUUAAGAUUGGGAGUUGGAGCGAGUUUGUUUAAUCAUAUAAGAUGUAUGGGUCAACUAUUAGCAAACCUGGUUUUUUUUAAUUGUAUUUGGUUUGAAAAAGAUUUGAUUUCAAAAGUGUGUAGCUAAGUUCUUAAAUAAGUAUUUGAUAAUAUAGGGAAAACUGUCAAAUAGGUCCCGUACUUUCACGAAAAAGUCAAUUGAGUCCUACUACUUUUAAUCGAAUCAAUUAGGUCCAUGAAGUGCUAAAAGUGAUCAAAUUAGCUAUUUUCCAGGUGAUGAUCCGGUUUCCCGGUUGACUGAUGAAGUGGACAUCAAGCUGGCGUUUUUUUUACUGUUUUGUAUUAUUUUUUAUACUUUUUCGUUUUCUUUUAGAUUUUCUUUUUGUUUCUCCUUCUUUCUUUUUACUGUUGUCUAUUUCUCUUCCCUCCCACAGACCCAGACCCGUUCUUCUUCCCUAUUUCUUCAUUUCCCUUUCUUUCUUUUUUCUAUCUUCUUUCUUUAUUUCUUUCACCUCCGAUCUCAGUCCCUCCUUAACUUUGUUCCAGUCUGCAUCACCAAACAUAGAAGGGGAUGAGACUUCCUGGAGGCUGUGGCUAUGGAAGGUAUGUGGAGGUAGGGGCGGAUGUCCGGAGGUGGUGAGAAUGGAGGUAGAGGCGGCGGUUUGAAGGUGGUUGGUGUGGAGGUAGGGGCGGUGGAGGUGGUAGAUAUGGAUGUGGGGGCGCCGCGGCGGCGGAAGUCGUGGCUAUUAAGGUAGAGGCGGCGGAGGUGGUGGACAUGGGGGUAACGGCGGUCGGACAGCAAAUGUGGUGGGUAUGGAUGUAGGGGUGGCAGAGGUGCGUGGUGGGUACGGAGGUGGCGGUGGCGGAGAUCGCUCUGGUGGAGGAGUCAGAGAUGGAAUCCCUCAAGCCGGUGGUGGAGGUCGAAAUCUCGCCGGAGAAGAAAGACAGGGAAAGGAAAUGCACUUGGGGUUUGGGGGAGAAGAAAGAAUGGACUUGGGAGUUGGGGGCUUGGGGGAUCGGAGAAGAAAAAAUGGACCGGGAGAGAAAGAAAGAGAGAAGGAAAAAGGAGAAAAAAGAAAAAGGAAAAGAGUAGAAAAAUUUUUUUUAAAAAAAAAGAGAGAGAAAAUUAUAAAAGAAAAUGCCAGGUGGGCAUCCACGUCACCUGUCAACCGGGAAACCUGAUCGUAACCUACAAAAUAGUGAAUUUGAUUAAUUUUUAACACUUCGUGGACCUAAUUGAUUCGCUUAAAAGUAGUAGGACUCAAUUGACUUUUUCGUGAAAGUACAGAGACUUAUUUGACAGUUUUCCCGAUAAUAUAUUAUAAAGUGUUUAAAAAGUACUACCUCCGUUCCUAAAAAUUCUUCCCGGUUUGACUUGGCACGCUUAUUAAGAAAGUGGAAUAAAGUGGAAAUGUGUGGUUGUGUAAGAAAAAGGUAAAAUGAAUGUGAACCACACAAAUUGUACAAAAAGGGAAAGUGGGAAGUAUUUUUGGGAACGGCCCAAAAAGGAAAGUGGGAAGUAUUUUUGGGAACGGAGGGAGUAUUAUUGUUGGUGAGAACUAUAGUAGCCAAUUAAAAGUGGGGUACCGUGCCUAUCAUUCAUUUGAUUGGUCCAAGGCAUUAUAUCACUUUUUAAUAUUCAUCUAAAUAAUUCAACUACAAUAUUUUGAUCGGUCCAUGUGGACAAAUGUAUGGUACCUUAUGGCCUUAUGGGUACCAUAGAAUCUACCUAUUUUUAAAUGAAUUUUGUGGAAAAUGGUGGCAAAAGGAAAAAAACAUUAUCUAGUUCGAUAGUAUUUUGAUUAAGAAAGAGCAAAACACAAAACAAUCACUUAAGAAACUACAAUUUGCAGUUUCUUACUAGUAAUCCUUAGCAGUUUGGGGCCGUUUUAUGUUCAGAAGCUGCCAAAGUGCUCCUCCAGCGCAUGAGCUUUUUACUUUUUAAAUUUUGGGGAGCCAAACACUCCCAUACAAAAGUGAGGUACAUAUCUGCUAGUCAAUCAACUCUCUGCAAUUGAAUUCAUCGGUCUUCUACUGGAGACAUUCACAAUACAUUUGGCUGUAAACUACCACCAAUUUCAUAUCAUAGUAUGCUACAGUUCUACAUACACAUGGAGGUGGGGAUGAAGAGGCGGGAGGUAUCUGCUUCCAUUUAUGAUGUUUGUAUAUGUGCCUCGGCAAGGUUAUGUGAAGGGCAGCCUUGGCCUUGGCACAUCUGUUGAGGUGUUGCCGUGUGACCUUGAGGUAAGAGGUUUCAGUCCUAGAAGCAGCCUCUUGCGAAAAUGCAAGCAAGAAAGGGAGAAAUGUGCAGCUUCUGCUAGUCAAUUGAAUGUUAUACGGCUGCUGGCUGACCUGAAUGUCAAAGUUAACAGGCCUGAAGUGGUUGACAUGAUACUUCCAUUGUUUAUUGAAAGCUUAGAAGAGGGUGAUGCUUCCGUGCCUGGAAGACUAAGGCUGCGGCUUCUCGAUGCUGUUUCUCAUCUGGCGAGUUUAGGCUUUGAGAAAACCUAUCGUGAAGCUAUUGUUCUAAUGAUACAGAGCUAUGUAAGCAAACUUGCUAAUAUUGGAUCAGCUGAAAGUAGAACUUUGGCUCCAGAAGCUACCACAGAACGUGUCGAGGAUUUCUUCUGAUUGCCAGUAGAUUAGUCAACCCUAAGUUGCGCUCAGAUUACCGUCACCGGCUGUUGUCAUUGUGUUCAGAAGUAGGCUUGGCUGCUGAGGCAAAAAGUGGAAGGAGUGGUGCAGAUUUUCUUGGGCCUCUACUUCCUGCUGUUGCUGAGAUAUGUUCAGACUUUGAUCCGAGUGUAGAUAUUGAACCCGCACUUCUCAAGCUAUUUAGAAAUUUAUGGUUUUAUGUUGCUCUCUUUGGGUUAGCUCCACCGAUACAGAAAAAUCAAGGUAUACCAAAGCCUGUUUCCACCACUCUAAACAGCGUAGGCAGCAUGGGAACAAUUGCACUCCAAGCAGUCAGUGGGCCGUAUAUGUGGGAUUCUCAGUGGUCUUCUGCUAUCCAGCGCAUCUCCCAGGGGACCCCACCCCUUGUAGCCGAAGGGGGAGUGGAAAUGAAAAAGCUGCUGCAAAUCAGAGGGCUGCCCUUUCUGCUGCUUUGGGAGGGCGCUUUGAGGUUUCAGCAAUAAGCACCAUUUCAGGCGUGAAGACAACUUAUCUACUCGCGGUAGCAUUUUUAGAGAUCAUACGGUUCAGUAGCAAUGGUGGUAUCCUAAAUGCUGGCCAUGGUUCUACUGCUUCUCGGAGUGCUUUCAAUUGUGUCUUUGAAUACUUGAAAAGCCCUAAUCUUAUGCCAUCAGUUUCUCAGUGCUUAACAGCAAUCAUCUACCGGUCCUUCGAGACAGUAUUAGACUGGCUGGAUGACCGAAGAUCGGAGACUGGGAAGGUUGCUGAGACUAGAGAGUCUACCUUGUCUGUCCAUGCUUGUUGUUUAAUAAAAAACUUAUCUCAGAGGGAUGAACAUGUUCGCAAUAUCUCUGUUAAUUUACUGAAUCAACUCAAGGAUCGAUACCCUCAGAUUAUAUUGAACUCUUCUUGUUUGGAUUUGCUGCUGUUUUCUGUAAAAAAUGAACCUUCUUCAACUCUUGUAAGUGAUCCUGCUUGGGUUGCUACUGUCCGUUCUUUGUACCAGAAGACUCUUCGGGAAUGGAUAGUUGUGUCACUAUCACAUGCUCCAUGCACCACUCAGGGCCUACUUCAGGAAAAGCUCUGCAAAUGGAACACUUGGCAAAAAACACAUCCAACUAAAGAUGUUGUUUCUCUUCUAUCUGAGAUUAAGAUUGGUACUGGUAAGGACAACUGUUGUACUGGCACAAAGACUGCAAAUAUUCCUGCUGUCAUGGCUUCAGCUGCUGCAGCAUCUGGUGGAAAUUUAACAGUGACAGAGGCAUUUAAUUUGGAAGUGCUAAGUACUGGAAUUGUUAGUGCUACUGUCAAAUCUAACUAUGCUGGGGAGAUUGCUGGAAUGCGAAGGAUAUAUGAGGGCAUUGGCGGGCUUGAUUCUAAUUUCCUAACAAUGGGAAAUGGGCGCAAUCUUGACCCCCCAAUCCCUGGAUCUAUAGCCAUUGUUCAAGACUCUCAGACCAAAAGUGUUUCUUUUCAUGAGUUAUUACUUGUGAGGUUUGUUCAUCUACUUCAGAAGUUCGUUAACAUAGCAGACACAGGUGCUGAGGUAGAUAAAUCAUCAUUUCGUGAAACAUGUUCUCAAGCUUCUGCUUUACUUCUUUCAGAUACGGGUUCAGAUUCAAAGUCUGUUGAGAGCAUUACAAAGCUUCUACGUCUUCUGUGCUGGUGCCCAGCUUACAUUUUAACACCCAAUGCGAUGGAGACAGGUAUAUUUAUCUGGACGUGGUUGGUUUCAGCAGCUCCUCAUCUCGGGCCUCUUAUCCUCUCUGAACUUGUUGAUGCAUGGUUGUGGACGGUUGACACUAAACGGGGUCUUUUUGCAUCCGAGUCACGGUAUGCUGGACCUGCUGCUAAGUUAAGGCCUCACCUGUCUCCCGGGGAUCCAGAAUUACCUCCAGAGAAGGAUCCUGUUGAACAGAUAUUGGCCCAUAGACUAUGGAUCGGAUUUUUUGUUGAUCGCUUUGAGGUGGUGCGACAUAAUAGUACUGAACAGCUUUUACUAUUAGGUCGAUUGCUACAAGGAACCACAAAGCUCUCUUGUAACUUUUGUCACCACCCUGCUGCUUCUGGAACCUUCUUCACUCUCAUGCUUUUAGGGCUAAAGUUUUGCUCUUGCAAGUCAUGGGGUAGUCUACAAAACUUUGCGCCGGGGCUUCAGCUACUGGAAGAUAGGAUUUACAGGGUUGCGUUGGACUGGUUUUCCCACCAACCUGAAUGGUAUGACAUGGGUAAUAACAAUUUUGCAUUGAGUGAGGCUCACUCAGUUUCUGCGUUUGUCAAUCAUCUUUUGAAUGAACCAGUGGAUGCUCAGCUUGAUAGGAAGGGACAAGGACCAGAAAAUGGAAGCUCUUUCAAUAAUGUGAAAGAUCACUGUCACCCAAUUUGGGGUCAGAUAGAGAACUACACUGUUGGAAGAGAGAAGCGGAAACAGUUACUUUUGAUGUUAUGCCAGCAUGAGACCGACAGACUUGAUGUUUGGGCACAACCCAUCGUUGCCAAGGAAAGCAUUUCACGGCCUAAAGUUAGCACAGAUAAAUUGGUUGAGUAUGCUAAGACAGCCUUCUCUGUUGAUCCCCGGAUAGCUUUAUCUCUUGCAUCAAGAUUCCCCACAAAUAAUGCUUUAAAAAGUGAAGUGGCUCUUUUGGUUCAGUUGCACAUACUAGAAAUUCGCAACAUACCGGAAGCUUUGCCAUACUUUGUCACUCCUAAGGCCGUUGAUGAGAAUUCAUCACUUUUGCAACAAUUGCCUCACUGGGCUUCUUGUUCAAUCACAAUGGCUUUGGAGUUCCUUUCACCACCAUACAAGGGCCACCCUCGGGUGAUGGCUUAUGUCCUAAGGGUAUUGGAAUCGUAUCCUCCUGAUCGUGUGACUUUCUUCAUGCCUCAACUGGUGCAGGCUUUAAGAUAUGAUGAAGAGAGGUUGGUAGAAGGAUACUUACUUAGAGCUGCACAUCGAAGUGACGUGUUUGCUCAUAUUCUGAUAUGGCAUUUACAGGGAGAGACAUGCACACCAGAAUCUGUGAAAGAUGCUUCUGGAAAGAACAACACGUUUCAGGCACUCUUGCUGGCAUUUAGGCAGCAUAUAAUUGACAGCUUCAGUCCUAAAGCACUUGAUGUCUUUCAAAGAGAAUUUGAUUUCUUUGACAAGGUCACAUCAAUAUCUGGUGUUCUGUAUCCACUUCCAAAGGAGGAAAGAAGAGCUGGAAUUCGAAGGGAAUUAGAAAAAAUUCAGGUGCAAGGGAAUGACCUCUAUCUACCUACUGCUCCGACUAAACUUGUCAGAGGUAUUCAAGUUGACAGUGGAAUCCCUUUACAAUCAGCAGCAAAGGUUCCUAUCAUGAUAACAUUUAACGUGGUGGAUCGAGAUGGGAGUGAAAAUGAUAUAAAGGCCCAGGCAUGCAUAUUCAAGGUUGGAGAUGAUUGUCGGCAAGAUGUUCUUGCUCUACAAGUCAUUUCUCUUCUCAAGGAUAUAUUUGAAGCUGCUGGGCUCAAUCUCUAUCUGUUUCCAUAUGGAGUUCUCCCAACGGGCCCAGAAAGAGGAAUAAUUGAGGUUGUACCUAAUACGAGGAGCCGGAGUCAAAUGGGAGAGACAAAUGAUGGGGGAUUGUAUGAGAUUUUUCAACAGGAUUAUGGACCAGUUGGUUCUCCUGGUUUUGAAGCUGCUCGAAAGAACUUCAUCAUUAGUAGUGCUGGCUAUGCUGUUGCUAGCCUUUUGCUUCAACCAAAGGAUAGACAUAAUGGGAACCUUCUAUUUGACAAUCUUGGGAGGUUAGUGCAUAUCGAUUUUGGUUUUAUCUUAGAGACUUCACCUGCUAGAAAUAUGGGAUUUGAAAGCGCUAACUUCAAGCUAAGUCAUGAGAUGACUCAACUAAUCGAUCCAUCCAGAUCGAUGAAAAGCGACUCCUGGUAUCAAUUUGUAAGCUUGUGUGUGAAGGGGUACCUGGCUGCACGCCGCUACACGGAUGAGAUCAUAAAUACAGUGUUAUUGAUGACAGACAGUGGACUGCCUUGCUUCAGUAGGGGGGACCCGAUAGGGAAUCUUCGCAAGAGAUUCCAUCCUGAAAUGAGUGAACGGGAAGCAGCCAUCUUUAUGAUUAGGACGUGCACCGAUGCAUAUAACAAGUGGAGUACUUUUGUGUAUGAUUUGAUACAGUAUAUUCAGCAGGGGAUUGAGAAAUGAUUGGUUUAUACAACCAUUCUUGGUGUACACGUUUUUGUACCCAUCAGUACUGUGAGAGUUUUUUUUGUCUGUGAAGCGCGGUCCACAGACAUAAGUUCGCUUGUUUUGUCUGUGGAAAAUUUCACAGACAAAACAAACCAGCUUUUGUCUGUGGACCGCACUUCACAGACAAAAAAAACUCUCACAAACACAUGCGUGUACUGAUGGGUACAAAAACGUGUACAAAAGGAAUUUUUGUUGGUUUAUAUAAUACGAAGUAUAUAAUAUAUCACGUAGGAGCCUUUUCUUUCCUUUUCCCUGUUUCCUUUUUUAUCCUAAAAAUGUGAGUGUUUAGAGAGGUAGGUUUACACUUUUCUGUAUUCGUAGAUGUUUGGGUUGUAGACAUGUAACUUAUAGAGGAAAUUAUGAGUUGCGACUGUAGUUCAAUUUUUUUCAGUUAUAGGGUGGUCAGUGGACGACUACAGAAAAGUAUAUGGGAUAAUAACUUUGUACCCUGUAACUUUCGAAUCUUGUCGCAGAUAUAUUUUGAGAGGUAGGGUUAUACAGUUUUGUGUUCGCAG